CAAAUAAUGACCAAACACAAUAGAGAACUCCCUCCCUUCCUCUCUCUCUCUUUUUUUCUUUUCCUGCUUCCAAACGCCUUCUUCCAGGCUGAGGCUGAGUCUGGGCAGGUCUCCAAAGGUGCAACAGCCACAACAAUCCUGCAGUUCAAAGUUAAGGAGCAGUUGCACAACUUCCAGCAGCACUCUUAACCGGUGAUACUGAAGAGCUGGAAGCCACAAACGUCUGAGAAGGUGAAGAAACCAGCUGCCAGCCCACCCUUAAAUCCAGAUACCCCCACCCUUGCUUCCAUUUCCACCCCCAGAAACUUUGAGAUACAGUCCUGAAAUUUACCUGCACAGCAGCAGACCAUGGCUCCUUUUGGAAAAAACUUGCUAAAGGCUCGGCAUAAAAACAGAUCUCCAACUAAAGACAUGGAUUCAGAAGAGAAGGAAAUUGUGGUUUGGGUUUGCCAAGAAGAGAAGAUUGUUUGUGGGUUAACUAAACAUACCACCUCUGCUGAUGUCAUCCAGGCUUUGCUUGAGGAACACGAGACUACCUUUGGAGAGAAGCGAUUUCUUCUGGGGAAGCCCAGUGACUACUGCAUCAUAGAAAAGUGGAGAGGGGCGGAGCGAGUUCUUCCUCCACUAACUAGAAUCCUGAAGCUUUGGAGAGCAUGGGGAGAUGAGCAGCCCAAUAUGAGGUUUGUGUUGGUUAAAGCAGAUGCUUUUCUCCCAGUUCCCCUGUGGCGGACAGCCGAAGCUAAAUUAGUGCAAAACACAGAAAAACAAUGGGAACUCAGCCCAGCAAAUUACAUGAAGACGUUACCACCAGAUAAACAAAAAAGAAUAGUCAGAAAAACCUUCAGGAAACUGGCUAAAAUUAAGCAAGACAUGAUUUCCCAAGAUCGAGAUAACAUGGAAACAUUAGUUCACCUGAUUAUUUCCCAGGACCAUACUAUUCACCAGCAAGUCAAGAGAAUGAAAGAGUUGGAUCUAGAAAUUGAAAAGUGUGAAGCUAAAUUCCACCUUGAUCGGGUAGAAAAUGAUGGAGAAAAUUACGUCCAGGAUGCGUAUUUAAUGCCCAGUUUCAGUGAUGUUGAACAAAAACUAGAUUUACAGUAUGAUGAAAGCGAGAUACUGGAGGACCUGAGCAAAAGUGAUGGAAUUGUACAACUGGAAGAACAACUAAAAUAUUACAGAAUGCUCAUUGAUAAGCUCUCCACUGAAAUAGAAAAAGAGGUGAAAAGUGUUUGCGUAGAGAUGAAUGAAGAUACCGAAGGAGCAGCUGCGGGUGAACUCGAAUGCUCAAAUUUAGAAAGUGUUAAGUGUGAUUUGGAGAAAAGCAUGAAAGCUGGUUUGAAAAUCCAUUCUCACUUGAGUGGCAUCCAGAAAGAGAUUAAAUACAGUGACUCAUUGCUUCAGAUGAAAGCGAAAGAAUAUGAGCUCCUGGCUAAGGAGUUCAAUUCACUUCACAUGGGCAACCAAGACGGCUGCCAGCUUAAGGAAAACAGAGGGAAGGAAUCAGAAGUUCUCAACAGCAGUGGAGAUGUUCCUCCAUUUACUCAAAGGGUAUUUAAUGUGUAUACAAAUGACACAGAUUCUGACACUGGGAUCAGCUCUAACCACAGUCAAGACUCGGAAAUAACUGUAGGGGAUGUGGUGCUGUUGUCCACGUAAUUUUAAUGGCUUCUUUCUUACCUACCUUAAUGUUGGUAAUGUCUGCUUAACAGGACACUUUAUUUUAAAUAUUACUGUUUAAAAAAUGUAAAUCAUGUUAUAGUAUUCAGUAGUUAAUAAAA